AUGCCAUUCAAGAAAUCAGAUGACUGCUGGGCUCAUGCAUUAGCCCGAGCUUUAGCUGCUCUCAUGAAGCAACUUGGAGUUAUCAAUAUCGAUGAUCUUCCUACGGCAAAGAAGCUCCUCGCCAAGAUCAAUAAGAAGUUGUUAUCGAAGACUAACUCAUUGGACAUCACGAUUAAAACUGCCUCUUCAAUACUCAAGGAGUAUGGCUACGAGUUGAGUGCGCAUCAUCGUCUGAAAAUGCACCGCGCCAAGGAGAAUGAAGCCUUUGAGAAGUAUAUUGAGCAACUAGCCAUAGGCCCAGUGACAAUGUGUUUCCCCUACGUGGAAGGUUACGAACGUUUCAAACAUAAAAACAAGAGUAGUAGAUUGCUGUAUUUGGGGUAUCAAGAGAUUUGGUCAAAGUUUGUGAGGGAGAGGAGUCUGGUAAGGUGA